AGCAUUUCCCAAAAUGGAUACAGUCCACUCAGAGUCAGAACUCCCCAAAUCCACUACAGGAAAAACAGGUGCCACAGAAGCAGGAUCUAUUGAAAAAGUGUACUGCGAUGGAGACAUAUACUGCAGUGAUGAAGAAGGUAACCCAGGCUUGCAUGGGAUGAGGAGUCGGGGAUUUGGGCUUAGGAAGCCUUUGUAUAGGGGGUUGUUAGAAAAGAGAAUUUAGUGGCUUCAGGAAAGCAUUUUAUUGAAAAAUUAUGUUUUAAGUAAUGAUUUUUUAAAAAGACGCAAUUAUAUUAAAAAUUCCAAAUUCUUAAAGCAAAGAAUAUUUACUAAACAUUCCUCAAAUUAUCGGAAAUCUGAACGAAAUCUUACAAUUUUUACAGAAUCCAAAAAGCAAGAGGUGAUCGAACAAGAAGAGCUUCACAAAGACUUUUUCAUUAAGAAGCAGUACUUCAUCUCCCAUCAAACAGAUGAUAUUUAUAAAUAUUUCGAUUUUGAUCCAGAGCCAUUAGGAGAAGGAAGCUACGGUGUGGUCUACAAAGCUACUGAGAAAUCAACCAAGGAGAUUCGUGCCAUCAAACAAAUCAACCUUAGAGACAUUAAAGGAGGUCGUAAAGAACCCCUUGCUGCUCUUAAUGAGUCAGAGAUUGCUGAAGAGAGCAAAGGGUUAUACAAUAACUUCCUUAAUGAGCUUGCAUCUCUAAAACUUCUAGAUCACCCUAAUAUAAUAAAGCUAUACGAAGUUUACGAAUGAGAGAAUGCUAUCUACCUAGUCCAAGAAUUCUGUGAUGGAGGAGAACUUUUUGAUUACAUCGUUGAGCAAGGUGCUCUCGAUGAAACCAUAGCGAGCGACCUCUUCCAGCAAAUGGUAGGAGCAGUCAUCUAUUGCCAUAAGAACAGGAUUUGUCACAGAGAUCUCAAACCAGAAAAUUUCAUGCUCUGCUCUCAUGGUGAUAGCUGGAAGGUUAAACUAAUCGAUUUCGGAAUCUCAAGAAGUUACUUCAAAAUGGACGAAAGCAUGGGAAUAAUGAGAAUGUCAAGCAUUGCUGGAACCACUCCUUACAUGGCCCCUGAAGUCUUUAGAAGAAAUUAUUCAAACUCGUGUGACACCUGGUCAUUAGGAGUAAUCCUUUAUAUCAUGGUUGCUGGAUAUCCUCCCUUUGAAGGCUAUGAAGAGGAUGAUAUUGAGACCAAGAUAAAGAACCUAGACUUUUCAUUUGAUGAUGAGAUAUGGACUGAGUGUAGCGAUGAAGUAAAGGACUUAAUUUGAAAGCUAAUCACCGAAGAAAAGGAUAGGAUUACUCCAAAAGAAGCACUCAAGCACGAAUGGUUGGUAUCUGAAAAGCCACCACCAGUUCCUAGAGGAAAUACAAUCCUCAUUGAUAGACUUGUCAGAUUCCAACACUGAGGAAGACUUAGGAAAGCUAUCAUGGGAUACCUUGCCUCGAAAGCUUCAGACGAAGACUUAAAGAAGGAAAUAGAUUUUUUUAACUGUAUCGAUACAAAUAAAGAUGGAUACAUUACUAAGAAAGAACUUAAAGCUGGAUUAAAGAACUAUCCUGAUAUUGACAAGAAUUUAAUCAAUGGCAUUAUGAAAAGCAUAGAUACUGAGAACAAUGGAGCUCUGAGCUUCAACGAAUUCAUUGCUGCAAUUCUUAAUGAGACUAUCACUAAGGAUUACACAAAAAUAGCUAAAGCAUUCCAAUUCUUUAACAAAGAUGAAAAUGGAUUCAUCACCGAUAAACAGCUCAAGGAGACUCUCGCAGGUUCUGAGUUCAAGCACAUUGAAACCCAGGUCUUCACUGAAGUCAUCAAUGAAGUCAGUCAUGCCAAGAAUGGAGAGAUCAAGAUGAAGGAUUUCAUGAGGUUAAUGUCAGUCCGCUUCGAGAAUUCCUUCCAAACAAGUAUGCAAAUGUCCACCAUCAAUGAAUGAGAUGCUGAGUAAU